UGUACACAUGUGUUUUUGUUAGUGUAAAUAUGUUUUUGUUAUUGUAUAUAUGUUGUUUUGUGUUAUUCGGGCCAAUAAUUGCAAUUGCUAUACAGACACCAUAUCAUUUGUGUUAUAACAUGACGCAAAUGACUCCCCCCUAAAAAAAAAAAAAAAAAAAAAAAAUGGCCCCGCCCCCUCAAAAUGACCGCGCCCCAUCCAAAAAAAGGUGUCCUCUUUUUCAGAAACCCAAAUCUGGUCAAUCUACGAACACCCCCUGGUUAACUCCGACCACUCGGAAACUCAGAGUUGCUCAGAUUUGUCGCUCAAUCUAUAGAAUGGACGAACAAUAUAAAGCCACCAGCGGUCAUUUUACGCUGCCAAUUUGUGAACCUGACUAAUUUGAAAACAUUGGUUUCUCCUUGAUUUCUCCUUAAAUAUUGGCCCGCACCAUGUUGUCAGAACAAUCAAAAAUGAAACGUAAGCAAAGCCCAUAGGGACAAAUUGGCUGCAAAAUGUAAACCUGGCCACUGGAGGGCACAGUUCAUGAUACCGAGGUCAAACACUGAUGCAAAAAGUGACGUUGGUUCUUUGAGAUACUCUCGUGAACCCAUGCGGGGAUCCCAUCCUGAAAAGCGCACUGAUUAUUGUGUUUUCAGUGGGCAAAACAGUUGUCAGUAACAGUGUCAAAGUAAGACGGCUAUACUCUAGCUUUAGCCACGAGGGAUCUACGUCUUCUAUUUAGUAUUAGUAGCUUUAGGCUUGUGUCUGCGCAACUUCCCGUUUCCUGUCUUGUAUUUGUCAUAUCCGCACAAAUGUCGGAGGAGUACAUUUUGAAAGUAGUCAACGACAGACUCUGCCAGUUAUUCGACCUUUGACACGGUUAAUUGAUUAGUUUACUAUUAAACUCGCUAGCGACGUCCUUUAAUCGAUUUCCCGGUGGCACCGGCUCAACCGUGAGUUCCGUGUGAGCGAGCUGCUCCAUUGUUCGCCGGUCUGUCUUAGCUUAGCCUAGCUUUAGCCAUGCUCUCGGGCAGCGGCGCUGUUGUAAGUCUGCUGGACGCGUUCGGCUACUAAAACUCCUGUUUUUCGCUUCGUGGCUUGACGGAUUCCGCCCCUCCACCACGUCGAACCGCCGUCGUGAUAUUUGAUCGUUGACUCUUGUGCUGAUGUUGCGCGGAGCCGUUUCGCUCUCUGUGGCGGCGUCAGCGUAACCUCAGUUAGCCGCAGGGCGGGCGGCGCCAGAUUGGACAGAGGUUUAGGGACUUUGGCUUGUGGCUUAGUUGUGUUUGCUUGUUUUGUUCGUGCGAUGGCUUCGUCGUCCGGCACCGACGACGACCUGACCAUACCGCGCGCCGCUAUCAACAAGAUGAUCAAAGAGACGCUGCCCAACGUGCGCGUGGCCAAUGACGCGCGCGAGCUGGUGGUCAAUUGCUGCACCGAGUUCAUCCACCUCAUCUCUUCCGAGGCCAACGAGAUCUGCAACAAGUCCGACAAGAAGACUAUUUCCCCCGAGCACGUCAUCAACGCACUGGAGAGCCUGGGCUUUGCUUCCUACAUCACGGAGGUAAAGGACGUGCUGCAGGAGUGCAAGACGGUGGCCCUGAAGAGGAGGAAGGCCAGCUCCCGCCUGGAAAACCUCGGCAUCCCUGAGGAGGAGCUGCUCCGGCAACAGCAGGAGCUCUUCGCCAAGGCGCGGCAGCAGCAGGCCGAGCUGGCGCAGCAGGAGUGGCUGCAGAUGCAGCAGGCGGCGCAGCAGGCCCAGAUGGCAGCGGCGGCCAGCGCCACCCAGCAGGCCGGUUCCUCUCAGGACGAAGAUGAGGACGAAGACAUGUGAGAUGGGAAGGGGGGCAUACGGGGUGGGGGGCAGAUACCAGUGCAACAUGCCCUCGAGGAUGGACGGAAAGUGCGGGGGAAGACUUACUCGAAGACUUUGAUUUCCUGCCGCCUCUUUUUCAAAUUGUCUUACAUUGUGGAUGUUUGGAGACUUUUUCUCCCACCUGACAAAAACGUUGACGUGUCAGUAUUACUGAGUGCCGUCAGCCAAGAUGGCCACCGGCCUGACAUCUGGCAUGUUGUUGACGUGAUGUCAGGUGAGGAGGAUGCUUUGUGUCCACUUGCUCAUUCCACAAACUUCUUGAAGCAAUAAAUUCUUUCUCUUUUUUUACACCUCCACCGCUGCCACACACUCUCCCUUUUUCUUUGUGUGCUGGCUAAUCCAAACGUCCUGUCAAAGUGACUGCCAGGUCUUUUCAGAGCAGCCUAUCAGCAGCAGUCCGAGGUGGACUGAGAGGACGUGGAGCCCGGUUUAAGAUUUUGUUACGAUUGACAGGCUUGCAUCAACACAUUUGCUAUAUCCAAGCGUCUACGUUUAGGGCAGGGGUCGGCAACCCGCGGCUCAGAGCUGCAUGCGGCUCUUUAGCGCCGCCUUCGUGGCUCCCUGGAGACUUUUUUAAAAAGGUAUGAAAAUGGAAAAAGAUGAGAGGGAAAAUAUAUUUUCUAUUUUAGUAUAGUUUCUGUAGCAGGGGUAAACUCGAGAAAAACAUUCUCAACGUUUUCCAAUGCUGUAAAUUAUGUAGAAUACAUAUUAAAUUUCAAAAUAUCUGUCAACGGAGAUUUGCGUCAUAAGCUGCGACACACGUUUCUUGCAACUCGGUGUGUUGCAUCGAUGGUCGCUGUUGUAAAUAAACUGGUGGGUGUGUGAUGAGCGAUGGAUCCCAAAGGGAAAAAGAGAACGAUAGCUGAGGAGAACAGGAUUCAACAGUUCUUGGACCGAAUCAUUUGCUUUCAUUGCCAAUGCGGAAGAGUUGCCUACAUGUUUGUUCUGUGAUGAGAAGUUGUCAAACAACAAAAAGAGUAAUGUGGAAAUUUCCAGGGAAGGCAUGCUGCAUUUGCAGCCGAGUACCCAGCUGGGAGUGAGAAAAAAUGUGAUUGCAUUACUGCUGGAGAAAUUAGACCGCAAGGAUAGAUUUAAAAAGUGGAUUGCAUCUCCAAAUUCCACCACGACUACUACAGAUGAGAGCUUGCAGUCCUGCGUGAAGAUUACAGUUACAUUUUACAUGCCCGAUGUUGAGAAGCUGUCCAGUGAUGUCUGAAAACAUAAGUCACAUUAAAUGGGUAAGAACAAAAUCCUGUCAUACAUAUCGGCACAUAUUUUGUAUCAAAGGGCUGUUUUUAUAAAGUUAUUUCAGAUUUUGUUUUUGUCAAUAAAUAUUUGGAAUGACAGAAAUUUUACUGUGUUUAGUUGAUCCGAGAAUGGCUGCGUUGUAUUGUGCGUGUCAAAAGAGGAUGAUGCUGCAUUUCUUUCUUGCACUGACCUACUUGGCCUUUGCACAAAACCAAAGGGAAGGGGAUAAUGCACAGACAUUAAGUUAUUAUUUUAUAAUCAUUGCCUUUUUAAAGGGCUGCUGUUUUAUUGCACUCUGUUGCCCAAAUAAAGGGGGGGAUUUUAUUUCCAUGGGGAGUUCUGAAGUUGUUGGAAGCCUAUUGUGCACGUUCCAUUGUUGUUUUUUUCGAAUCCUCAAAGUAAAAAUGACA